AUGACCGCCAUGCAAACGAACUCCACUCCGGCGGUUGUCUUCACGGCCCUCGCCGGCGUCGCUAUCGUCGCUGUCAUUUUCUACGGUGCCAGUAGGAAAAGAAAACAUGCCCUUUCACCUCAGCAAUGGAAAGUCUUCUUUACAGAAGAUGGUAGACUUCGUGAUGGUGGAAUUAGGCUCCUGAAAAGAGUGCGCAGUGGAGGUGUUGGUCCUAGAAUAAGAGCUGAAGUCUGGCCAUUCUUACUUGGAGUGUAUAACUUUAACAGCACAAAGGAUGAAAGAGAUGCUGUGAGAACUCAAAAUAGAAAGGAAUAUGAAAAACUCCGUCGACAAUGCAGGAAACUCAUAAAAAAAAGCAAUGAAAGCACCAGCGCCAAUGAGUUCCUUUCUAGUCAGGACAGGAGUCCAGAAGCUGAAUCUUCAGAUUAUCCAUCCAUUGUCUCAUUGGAAGGAGAUGAUUAUGUUAAUGUCAGCAAUGCUGAUGCAUCUUUACUGGAUACGGAUUUUAUCGAAUCUCCUGAAGUAAUUCAAACAGUUCCCUCUGAUGAUGAUCAAGAAGAUAACAACCCCAUGAAAACUAACAAGGAUUCUGCUGAAGGUCUUGAGGUAAUUCAAACAGCUCCUCCUGAAGAUGUUCAGGAAGACAAUAACCCCAUGAAAACUACCAAGGAUUCUGCUGAAGGUCCUGAAGUAAUUCAAACAGCUCCUCCUGAUGAUGUUCAGGAAGAUGACAGCCCUGUGAAAACUGCCAAGGAACCCUUGCAAGAAAAAGUUCCAUCAAAGCCACCAACUAAUGAAGACUUCUCCACCUGGCAACGGAUUAUCCGACUUGAUGCAUUACGCGCUAAUGCAGACUGGAUGUCACACUAUCCCUCUCAAGCGGCCGUAUCAGACAGUGUGGCACGUCGUACUGCUGAGGCUGUUGGCUUGGAGGAUUAUGGCCACCUAGAGGCAGGCAGGAUCUUCCAUGCUGCCCGACUAGUUGCUAUUCUUGAAGCAUAUGCACUAUAUGACCCUGAAAUUGGCUACUGCCAAGGUAUGAGUGACCUGCUAUCUCCUAUAGUUAGUAUUAUAUCAGAGGAUCACGAGGCUUUUUGGUGUUUCGUCGGAUUCAUGAAGAAGGCACGGCAAAAUUUUAGGCUUGAUGAGGUGGGUAUACGGAGGCAACUAGAGUUAGUUGCCAAAAUAAUAAAGUAUAAAGAUGCCCAUCUAUUUAAGCAUUUGGAGAAGCUUCAGGCUGAAGAUUGCUUCUUUGUGUAUAGAAUGGUGGUGGUACUGUUUCGAAGGGAAUUGACAUUUGAACAGACUAUUUGCCUUUGGGAAGUAAUGUGGGCAGAUCAAGCUGCAGUUAGGGCAGGUAUUGGGAUUUCUGCAUGGAACAAAGUCAGAAAGCGAGCACCGCCAACAGAAGAUCUGUUACUUUACGCAAUAGCAGCUUCGGUAUUACAGAGGAGGAAAUUGAUAAUUGAAAAGUAUAGCAGCAUGGAUGAGAUCAUUAGGGAAUGCAAUAGCAUGUCAGGACAGCUUGAUGUUUUGAAAUUGCUAGAUGAUGCACAUAACUUAGUGAUCACCCUUCAUGAUAAAAUAUAG